CAAUCUGUCCUCCAACAUGGCGGAGGAGGCUGCACCCGUGAAAAGUUCUCCGCAAAAAAGCCUUCGAAGACGGCGAAAAGAGCUCCGUCACAGGGCUCAAAGCCUCGUAGAGGGAGCUACAGAUCCUUGGGAAGAGGUGGAAGAGUACGAGACUGUUAUUCCUGAAGGUUCGGAAGAUGAAUUUGUUGACGAGGAGACUGCAGAAAUCGCCGAAGAAGUGAUCGAAUUCACAUACACCAUUCGGGAGCUAGGGGCAGAAAUGAUUCUAGGUUAGGAAUAUUUUCCUUGAAAUCGGGAUAAUGAACGAUAAAUAACUAUAGAAUGUUAGUGUUUGACCAUUGUUACCAUCAAGCUUAGCAAGUGAAUAGGUAUGUUUUUAGAUCUGUUCUGAAGACAUGGCUGAAAACAUGGCUUCGUCAAUUGUGGUUUGAUUUUAUCUUUAGAUCAGAUUCCAUUUUUUAAAUCCAAUAAUUUGAUUUUUUUCAUUUAAUGUGUUAAUAGGAUACACAUGGUGGUCUCUGAUUCAUGGAAUUGCUCCAAUGAUUUGGUUCUAUCCACUGAAUGAGUUGGAAAUCUCUGGUUAUGAGGCAUUUGUGGUUACAGUUCUAUCACCAAUAUUCACUGGGUUUAGUGCUCUUCUGCAGUUUUCAGGGACCAUACAUGGCUUAGCAUUUUGGCGAGUUCUGUCUUUAGUUGGUGUUGCUUCUUUCCAAGCUCCCACAACUCUCAUCAGAUUAAUAAUGUUAGCAUUUGGCUGUGGAACGGCAAUGCUUUGGUUUUGUGGAAUGAUCUGGAACAAAGAUCCUAAGGAGAGGUAAUUAAAGGUGGCACGCUUAAUGAAGGUUCUGGUUGGACAAAAUUACAAAUGCAAUGUAUCAUAAAACAAAUUUAGAUUUGGUUUUUGUGAUAUCUCGGUAAGUGUUAUCAGCAUCAACCUUUAGCUUGGCUGAUAACACUUACCUUGACCUUGUUUAUUAUUUGUGCUAAAUCAAUAACCCAUUUUUCCAAAAACAAUGUAUAACUAUUUCUAUGGUCCAAUUUAAAUUUCAGGGUUUUGUCCUUCUGGGGAUUAGUCUUGGGCUUCUUUCUGUUGCUGACACUGCGCAUUUCAUACAUCACCGUCAAUCCAAUCUGGUCGGAUGUCACAAGUAACAGGGUCAUUCUUCUUAUUGCUGUUAUUGCAACAAUGGACAGAGUGUAUACUGGUUAUAUGAUGUCCAUCUCUCAGUCAGGUCCUCCAUCAAAGUCACCAACUGAGCCCCAAGACUCAAGGGUGUCAGGUUCUGGGUGGCUGUUAGUGGCAUUAGGUUUUGGUGCUUUGAUGUUCCUUACCCAUGGUGUGUUUGGUGAAGUGUCACUUGUUUGUCGCUGGGCUGUAUCAGGGUAUCCAGAUACAGGUCCCAAGCCUAAUCCAUGGGGGUAGGUACCAUAUUAUGUUAAAAUUUGCUUCCAACAUUUAAUCAGAGGAGAAUAAUUUCUAUAUUCUUAUAAACUGGGAACUGGGGGUGGGGGUAGGGUUGGCUAGGGGAAUUUUUCUGUUUAAUUAUUUCCGUUAUUUUCUCAAAGGAUUGUAUUGCCAAGCCAGAACUUUAAGAUGUGCAAAUAGUAUGUAGAACAUCUUGAUGAAAAUUAACUCCUCACUAAGGCACAAACUUGGAUACUGGCACCUUUCAUGGUCUAUGUUGAUCCCAAUUAUUCAUCAUUAUUUUAUAGUCACUUACGGCACAUCUUGGACAAGACCUACUUUGUUGAUCUUCACAUUAAUAGUUUAAUAAUGUCUGGCGACUAUUGUGUAAUUCUAGAUUUCUAAUAAUGACUUUAAAAAAAUGAACCUGGAGCAAUGUAAGAUGUGGAAUACAUACAAAGUCAUGAUCUUAUUUUAUUUUCCCAUUCUCAGUUUACUAACAAAAGGUAAUAGAUUUGAUGUACAGGGUAUUUCAGAAGAUAAAUUAAUAUGACCAAUUCAUGCACAAAUAUGAUGGUAGUUUUUUGUUGUACUAACAUGGGCAUGCUAUGCAUUAAAACUACCUUUUUAAAUUUCUUUUCUUACAAUUGUGUCAGAGCCGCUGUAGUCAUUGCUCUAGGAGUCGGAGUUCUCCUAUCUCGUCAACACUGGACUAGUAAUUUGUUGUGGUGGUUAAUCGGCUCAGCUGGUGCUGCCGUGUUAUACUUUGCUCCCCGUCAUUGGUCAUUUGCCGGCGGACUCAUUCUUGGUGUCUACACCAUGUCAGUUUGGCCAGCUAUGAUUGACAGACUGUUUUGCCGUCCUGUCGCACGGACACUAACUUUGGCUAAUGUGGUGUACAUAGUUCUUACACUGGGAUCAGUGUGGGUAGUGGCUUACAAUUUUGUUCCGGGAGGAGAAUACACAAGAGAAAGGACACAUGUAUUGCUAGGAAUCACCAUGGUAUUAAUUGGUAGGUCAAAAGUGAUUUGUGUUUGUAAUUUGGUAAUUUGCUACAGUUUUUCGUCAUUUUUAGCCAACAGAUAAGGGUGUCAAAUUGCACCUAAUGCUGGUGCCCUGCACCAUUGUAGCCUGAGAAAACAGCCCACAUUUCACAUCAACACCACUGGUUUCCCCAGCGAAAUGACACCUGAGGAACGAGCACAGAACUUGCAUACCGAUUACCAGUCACUACCCAGAUCUGGGUAGUGCUUCUCAUCGGUUGUUCUGCAUGCGACAUUUACUUCAACCAAUCAGAAGCACUACCCAGAUCUGGGUAGGGACAUUUCAGUAUCGAAUUUCUUCACAUGUCCCAAGACAUCAUUUUGCAGGGAAGCCAAGGGUGGCGUCGCAAAUAUCGGCUGUUUGUUUCUCUCUGGCUACCAUACACCUAGUUAUGACCUGCCCAAAAUAAUGAUAACCUGGUAAGUUGAUUUUCUUUAAACCCCCUGGUUUUAUAACCUCAUGUGUCUAGGGACUCGAUUCUCAAAAGACUCAAUAACUUUUCAGGCCUGUAGUGGCUGCAUUAUCAUUUAUAAAUCAGAAUGUUACACAUUGCAAUGUAGUUCAAGCUUGUAGACCAAUCCAGUUUUGUGUCUGCAGCUUUGAAAUUCUCAAAUCUUUGAAAUUCUCAAAUCAACCUCAUUUGAAAAUUAUUAAAGCACUGCAGCAAUCCGAUUCUUGCUUUCUGGAUCCAAAAUGUCAUCAAGAUUGUUAAGGAAUGCAGGGCUCAAGAUACUUAAUUCCACUAGAAGGACAUUUUUUGGCUGCUAAACUAAUUUGUCAUUUGUGUACAUGAUUGUACAUUGAACAGUAACGUUAACAUUUUGGUAUUUUUGUUGUUGUUCUGAAAAUAAGGGCUCGCCUUAAGGACUGCGUCAACACCGGAUGUUAAGGAAGCAUACGGUAAAAUGAAGAAAGAAGAGAAAGUCAGCAGUGAUCAGAAAAGUUCUGAUGGAAAGCCUUCUCCAAAGAAAAAAGCCGUUGCAGUCAAGUUCAAUAAUGUAGCUUUUCUUGAGGAGCAUGGAGAUCGAUUUUGGUUUUUCAAGACUCAUGUAAUUCCAGGUAAAACUGGUAUUAUUUGCGCUUUGGUGAUUAUUCUUAUUGAGUGCCACUUGAGAAUAUUUUUUCAAGCGUGUAACCAGAUUUGAUUUCAUUUGAGUGCCAUUUUUUGUGUAAUCAAGUCAAGAAAGCUUCCCUGGACUAAUGAUUAAUUCAAUUGUCUUUGUAAUAUUCCUUUGUAGUCCUAUUUUGUCUCUUGAUUGCAUCGUCUGUUCUUAUGGGAAUGCGGUAUCAAAGACAUGAGUACCUCACACCCGCUCCAGAGGUUAGUAAUUACCAUCAAAGAAUAAGGUUUUGAGAGAGUCAAAGUAAAGGGACCAUGUCAUGUAUAAGAGAGAGCUGUUUGUGGUAAUAAAGUAGCAUAUUGAUAAUGAUGCUGCACUUCUUUGUUGUCUUAACAGGAGCAGAAAAAGUUUUCUGCCAUGAUUUGGACAGUCCAUUUUGCUUAUGAUAAUGUUGGCUGGCCCAGUUUUGAGAGAGCUGCACAGAUGAUAAAUGACACUGGUAUGUUUUCUCUUAGUGAAAAGUUUAAAAAAAUGUCAAGGCUUUAUGGACUGGAGUCCUAACUCAGAUUUCUUUUAGUGUUUGUCUUCCUCUUUCAGCACAUAUUCCUGUUUUUUUAUUUUUUUUCUGCUUCAAUUUCAAUUAUAGCACUUACUCUUCACUUGCCUUUGUAGCAAGCACCUCUGUCCAUCAAACAGAGUGUAAAUGUUGGCAUGCAAAAUUUAGUGCAAAGGGAGGGAGGGUUGGAAAGAGAAUUCUUGCAGACAAACCCCUUGAUGUGCACCUUUCCUUUACCUCUCCUCCCCCCUGUUACCAGUUUUUCUGCUCUCACCACAACUUUUGGGCGCUGCUCACAUUGGAGCCCUUGCAAUGCAGGUUAACUUGCUCACCCCGCCCCCCAUCUGCUCCCAGUCUACACAGACCCCAAAUAACCAUUACUCCUCUCCCAUCCCCCCUACUAGACACUUCAGCUGCCUAUCCACCAACACGCACAACCACCCUCAUGCGGUUGGUUGCACUCACUGACCUGCCCUUUUAUAUUUUUCUUAGGUGCUGAUGUGGUUGGUUUUCUAGAAAGUGACUGUUCUAAGCCUUAUCUUGGGAAUCAUGAUCUAGCAACAUGGUUUGAGGAAAGACUUGGAGUGUACUCUGAUUUUGGGCCCUCUACCAGAGAUCAUACAUGGGGGUAAGGUUCCGACUGAAACCUGUAACCUUAAAAUUGAUAACUAGUUUUCCCUCUCAAAGCAAAAUGCUGAGGAGUGAAUAUUCAUAUCCUAUAAAUUGCUAAGUGUCCGAUGCUGCCUAAAUCUCAUAAAUCAGACUAUAUGUUACCACUCAGUAAUAACAUUACUCUAACUGUGGCUGUAAACUCGCAAAUUUGAACAUUACAAAAACGAUCAGCUCAUACAAGUGGGUGGGGGGGGGGAUGGUGUUGAAAAAGACCUAAAGGAAGUGACAUCUGGUCUCAUGUCGAAUUCUAGAGGUUGAUCCAAAGUCACCUGGCCCUUUUUUGCUGUUAUCUCUUCAAUAAUUCUUAGAAAUUAAAUGCCCUAAAACAGCUUUGUCAUUUUCCUGAACUCUAUAGAGAUGAUCUACUGCCAGGUUGUUUUGUUGGACACGGGUUGCACAAUAUGUCUUUUUGUUUGAAAACACUUGUUAUCCAGUACUUAAUGUACUUGUGUUUGAAACCCAGGAUUUUUACAGCAACUCAUGCUUAAUCUUGUCAGCCAGUGCUGAAUACUCCAAAUAAGAUCAUCAAAUGCUAAUUAUGUAGUAAAAAUCAAAGUCACUGCCCGAGUGGUUAUUUAUAUAUCUUUAUUUUUUUGUAGGGCCACUUUGCUGUCCAAAUACCCAAUAGUAAAGUCCCAUCAUCAUUUACUUCCAUCUCCCGAAGGUAAGAUAAGUCAAGGCAGUGUAAUUAUAAUUUCUGAUUUACUAACAUUUUAUUAAACUAUCAACAACAAUCUGGCUCACAACCAACCAAAUAGCACAAGACAUAACUUUCUUCUUCACCUGAGAUAGGUUGCAACUUUAUUCAUAACCUUGUGCUUUAUGCUUGGCUGUAUCUCCCAUUUUGCAACUGGCUAAAUGAUCCCUGUAAGAGAUUAUUAUGUGGAUUGUAUACUGUUACAAAAAAUUAAUAAUGUUUUUUGCGUAUUCUCUUAUUCAUGUAAUAGGAGAACUAGCUCCAGCCUUAAGUGCGACAAUCAACAUCACUGGUGACCUGGUCGACUUUGUCGUUGUUCACAUGGGGAAUGAUCGGUGAGCAAAUAUAUAUCCAUUGAGUUAACAAAUUAAGUCUUUGAACCAACCUCAGUCCUAGGCUUCUCUCCUACCCAUCCCUACGGAGUGAGAGAGAACCUGGGAAUGAGGUUGGUCUUUGAACUAGCGUGGAUUGUUGGCCUGCGUGGCAGGACUGGAAAGGAAGAGAGGAGGUAGAGAAAAGGGAGAGAUAUUCCUUUUUCCCUUUCACUUUUUUCUCCUCUCCCCCUCCCCCUCCCCCUCCUUUUUAUGGGCCUGCCACACAGGAUAUAUGGAUAUAUAUCUGUAGAAAUACCUAGGGGCAUUUCCACUCCCUCCUGGGUGGGUUGUUAGUCCAUUGCUGGGAAUGAAUAAAAUGAUCACGUACGGGAAAAUGCUUUGAUCUUUAAGCAAAUUCUCUCAAUUUAUUCUUUGAAGAAAUGUAUGGAAAGCAGUUUAGAGAAUUUGUAUGUGGAUCAGUUGGGCCUAAAGGGUUAACUAGCCGCAGCUUGGAAGAGUUACUUUUAGUAUCAGCUAUUUCUGGUUAAAUUUAUUCUUUAAGUCAUUUUUCGUUUCAUGUACGAUGCUACAGCGAUAACUUGGAUCGUAAGCUUCAGGCUCAAGAACUAGCCAGGAUUAUGGACGAGAGGUAUGAGCUUGUUCAUUUGUGUGGCAAAAUAAAUCAGAAAAUCCCUCUCAAAUCCGGUCGCAUUUUAUAAUUUUUCUUUAGCGACAAUUAUAAAAUCUAUAAAACGUCUAUGAAGCAAUUAUAAUCAUCUAGGCUAGUCGACCUCAAUGUAGGCGAAACAACUUGUAGGCCAAACGACUGACAUUCCUUUUUGCUUUUCCAUUCUUCUUAAUUUCAUUGAUGCCCAAGUUCAAAUGGAAUCUCAAAUCUUAAAGACGUACGUUCCACAUAACCCCAAGAAAGUUGUUAAAUAUCGCUUUUUAUAAUGUUGACACUUUUGGUCAUUGUAGUCCUAACCCUGUGGUAUUUCUGGGAUAUGUGACGUCAUCUCCGAAGAGUCGAGAUUACCGCACACUGAUAGAGAAAGGUCGAACCAAGGUAAAUAUGAACUCAUUUUGCUCUUUCUUUUAUGCACUGUGUUAUAAGGCAGUUCUACUACGUCGUCAAAUGAUUGAAGAUGAUUUGUUGGGGUCCUUUACAGUUCACAGAGGUUAUAGUACAUUUUCAAUCCCAAGAGAUUUUUUUAAUGGAAAUAACGACGUACAAAUAUACGGAACAAUAUACCAACUACGAACUGAGAAAAUAGGAAAUCCCUAGGGAUAGUGAAUUCUUCGCCAGCACACACAGUGUUCUCUCAGUCAGAAAAAUUCUCGAAAGAUUGCAUGCUAUGGAUUGAAGUUUAACUUUUUUUUGUAGUUGUUAUCUGGGUCGGAUGUCUACGUUUCUAUAGAAAUUGGGACUAAGUCCACCCUUUUAUAGUCUCCUGCGUGACUCCUGUCCGAGAGACUGCGAAGGAGACUAACCCCUUUACGGUAGAAAAAUUUCGCUUGACUCGUUCAGCUAUGUCACCAAGUUUGACCCAUCUUAUUCAUUUGUUGAUUUGGUUUGUGUUGUUCACAUUUCUAGGACAUUGACGAAACGGACUCUGACCGCUGGUGUGAAUACAUCAUGUACCGCGGGCUUAUACGUCUAGGAUAUGCACGAAUCUCCCAUGGGGGACUUAGUGACACCGAGGUUCAAAUGGCCAAGUUUCGUAUCCCUCUCCCAGGCAAACCAUACCGGGAUAACGACGUUCUCACUACAAGUUCUAAAGAUGUCCCCAACGACGUUAGAUUUUCCAGCAGGUGACAAAAACUACAAAAGGGAGCUUAAGGAAAAGUGUUUUUUAGCGACGCACAUCAACCCGGGAAAUGAACCCUUUUCCCCUCUAUCAUGCCAUGACGCUUCCAAAUUUGAAGUGCUUAGUGUCUUUAGUCUUGAAGAGACGAUUUGUAGAGACGUCCAACGGCAAGCGUGAAUUUGUACCACGUUACCAAGUUUCCACUUUACUUGUCGUUUACUGUUCAUUAUUUCUACACGUAAACUAGUAGUUUCACGCAAUUUUUUAUCCAUAAGAACUGUUUUGAGCUGUUUUUAUCUUCUCAUUUUCUAUUUUGAGAAAUUCUCAACUAGAAUCUGACGUUUGCCGUUUGCCGUAUACGCGAAACUUAAACUGUCUAAUAUUUGGGCACCACUUCUGUUCAAGGAUGCAAAAAAAAAAUCCUCUUCCGCCGGGUUGACGUGCGUUGCUGCGGCAAGGAGACGUUUUUGCUUAAGCCCUCUAAAGUUUUCGUUGGUUAUGGGUUUCCUACGAAAAGAGGCUUCCAUAGUGUGGGGGACAACCAUUCUGCACCAUAGACAAAGUAGAGCUUUAUCAGAGUGAAUCUCUAAACCACAAACUUCUAUACCCCGUGUACUAUGGAUCUUGACCGAACGGACUGGAAUGAAAUUUAAAAUUAUUUUAAUCGGUAGCAUAUCAUGAGUUCAAUUUUUGCAAUACAGUGAUUCUUUUUAUCUAUAUAUUUCUGAUUUCUUUUUUAUCUUGUUCCUCAGGUUUGGGUCUUUCUACAAAGGUCAUUACUCCGCCUGGCAGCAUCAUUACCACAUGUCAACACCAAAAUACUUCUUGCCAGCCGACAAGCGGUGAAGAAAAUGAAGAGAGUCGCCGGCAUAGUAAAAAUCGUGUGGAGUGCGCACUCUUCGAAAGAACCAGACACCAUGAGGCUGUGAGAAAGGAAGAAGUUGUCCAUAAUACACCACGAGUGACCGAAGUGUUACCGAUUAGCAGCCGACGAUCCGCUCGGUUUACGAUGACGACAGUUGUGCUUAUUGUUGAUUCUGGCUUAUCCCCAAUGAUUCAACCAGAAAAAACAAAGACAACAGGCUUGAGGGGAAACAAAAAUAAGGAGAUACCGCGCUGCAACGUGGCUUGACUUUAAAGACUGAGGCCGUAGUGCUUUGUACGUUAUUUUAUAAUGCUAUGAACUCGCUUUUUACCAAUGAGUAUUUAUAUGGCGAAGCAACGCUAAACAUGCGUGAAAUCUGCGCAGAACUUACUUAGAAUUAGAAAUACAUGUAAAAAGUAGUACCAUGAUCACCAAAGUGUAGCUCUACCCCGCUGCUCAAAAUUAGAUGUCUUAAUUCGAAUUUGAGGCCAAUACUAGGCUUCAAAAACAUGCUUAUGCAAUGGGGGAGAAUCGUGAAAUGUCUUUUGCGCUGAAGAAAAGUAACUACAGAAAAGUGUAGGAAGAGGAAAGGAUCACCUAUUCGAAUUCCUGCCCCGCCGCUCUAGUACCAUUCAUAUUCGAAAAACAAGUGUUUGUCGUUCGUUUGUUGUUCGCUUCAUCACAAAACUGUUAAAUUUCGCAUUGUUUUCCGUCGCCCAUGUCUUUAUACGAUUUCAGUAGUAAUGCGUUUGCUGAAUUUGCGCGUGACUUGAGUCAAUUUAGAAAAGACUGAAAAUUGACUUAAAAGUGAGUCUGGAGAAUAAACGGU